UUAUGAGGCCCCAAUAUUGAAAGGUGGAUACAGGCAUACAGAUGGCAGAUAACAGUAAAGCAGAAGAUACUGCUUCAGAUUCUGUGGAGGCUGCUAAAAAUGCAAGUGACAAAAAAGAAAAACUAGCAGACCAAGUGAUGCAAAAUCCACAGGUCCUGGCAGCUCUGCAGGAACGACUUGACAAUACAGCGCUCACUCCUUCAAGUUAUAUUGAAACUUUACCAAAAGCAGUGAAAAGAAGAAUUGAUGCCUUGAAACAGCUGCAGGUGAAAUGUGCCCAUAUAGAAGCUAAAUUCUAUGAAGAAGUACAUGAUCUAGAGAGAAAAUACGCAGCGCUCUAUCAACCCCUUUUUGAUAAGAGGAGAGAGUUUAUUAAUGGGGAAGCUGAACCUACAGAUGCAGAGUCAGAAUGGCACAGUGAAAAUGAGGAGGAAGAAAAACUAGCUGGAGACUUGAAAAAUGUAGUGGUAAUAGAAGAAAAGGCAGAAGAGACAAAUCCUAAAGGAAUUCCAGACUUCUGGUUUACAAUCUUUAGAAAUGUAGAUAUGCUAAGUGAAUUAGUACAAGAAUAUGACGAACCAAUCUUGAAACACCUGCAGGAUAUUAAAGUUAAGUUCUCUGAACCUGGACAGCCUAUGUCUUUCUCAUUAGAGUUCCACUUUGGGCCCAAUGACUACUUUUCUAAUUCAGUCCUGACAAAAACCUACAAGAUGAAGUCGGAGCCAGACAAGACAGAUCCCUUUUCAUUUGAAGGACCUGAAAUAGUUGAUUGUGAGGGGUGUACUAUUGACUGGAAGAAAGGAAAAAAUGUUACGGUUAAAACAAUCAAGAAAAAACAAAAACACAAGGGCCGAGGCACGGUUCGGACAAUUACUAAACAAGUACCUAAUGAUUCUUUUUUUAACUUCUUUAACCCAAUAAAGGUAUCUGGUGAUGGAGAGUCAUUGGAUGAAGAUUCAGAGUUUACCUUAGCAGCAGAUUUUGAAAUUGGUCACUUCUUCCGUGAAAGGAUAGUCCCUCGUGCUGUGCUUUAUUUCACUGGGGAAGCUAUAGAGGAUGAUGAUAACUUUGAAGAAGGUGAAGAAGGUGAAGAGGAGUUUAUCUCUAUUUUGUCAUAGGAGCUGGAGGGGGAAGAGGAGGGAGAGGAAGAGGAAGAUGCAGAGAGUGAUCCUAAG